AUGAAUAAUAAACAAAUUCUUGAUAAAUUAUAUGAAAUUCAAAAAAUUUUGAAUGAAAUGUGUGGUUGGAAAAAUAGUGAAAAAGUAGAUGAAAUACUUGAAAUAUUCAAAUUAAUUCCUGAAUUAACAAAAGAUGAAACAGAAGUUCAAAAAUUGAUAAAAGAUUCUUUAGGUAAAUAUUGUUGGGAAGAUUAUGUAGAUAAAGCUAAAGAUGAAUUAAGAGUUAUUAUCGAGGAAAGAGAAUUAGCAAAAAGAAUUGGUUUUUAUUUGAAUCAAGGAAAAAAAACCAAAAAUGAUUUUGAUAUUUUCUUUCAAAAUAUUGAAAAAUAA